AUGCUUCUGCAAAAGUCUGUUACAAAAGAAAAUGUCUACUUUGGUGUUACAUCAAUGGUAUUAAAUGUGCAUCUUUUAACUCACAUUGCACAAAAUGUUUUAAACUGGGGUCCUCUUUGGACUCAUAAUGCUUUUGUGUAUGAAGGACAGAAUCGCCACUUGCUGCAAUUGUUGCAGAGUCCAGGUCAUGUUGUAAAGCAAAUAGCUUGCAAGUUUUUGAUAUUCAGUGAUUUACCAAUUUUGUGCAAUGAGUUGAUAUCAACCAAAUCGGUAAUCAAAUUCUGUGAAAAUGUUAUGCAAAAUAAAUUGCAGCAUUUUAUAAGAUGCGAAGGAGUAGUUCUCUUAGGUAAAAAAGAAAUAUGUAAAUUUUUACCCGAGGAAUAUAUCUGCGUUAAAGAAUACAGUUUUAGUUUAGAAGAUUGUACAUUAUUUAGAAGAAUGUUAUAUAAUGGUAUAAGAUAUUGUUCUGAGGAUUAUGCAGCUAAUAAGAAACAUAAUGACUCAUAUAUUUUGACUCAUUAUGAAAUGAUAGCCGUUAUAAAAAAGAUUAUACAUAUAUCUGAUUCUAAAGUAUUAAUUCUAGUGCAAGAGGUUGUGGUGCAGAAGGAAUCUUUGUUGUCUGAUGAAGACUAAAUAUACUCAAAUUAAACAAUUCACAAGUUACGGGAAAUUUUUUUGUAUUCAACCCUUUGAAAUAGAUGCUCAAUGUGUAUUUAUAGACCUCGUAAGCAACAAAUAUCUUUGCAAAAUGCCAUUUGGUUGUUAUGGCGAUUAGUGACUUAUUUCACUUCAUAUCAUUAUCACAUAACAUUAAAUAAUACUUCAUAUCUAUGUAAUCAAAUAUAUAUUUGAGUACUGUAAAAUAUAAUAUUAAUAAACUUAAUAUUGCU